AUGUCCUCAAAAGCUCCACAGGAAUACGCACCUAUCCUCAACCCAAUCGAACUUCGACUUGACUCCCAAGACCUUGACGUCGCCGACUAUGGUGGAGAUCGAGAUAUCGAGCUGGACACGAUUGACACAGCUCACUGUGUCCAAGAUCGUUUAGACAAUUUUCGCUCAGCCGGCAAUGGUCUCGAUGUAGAAACAGCAGAGUCCACUGUGCCGCUCGUGUUACAAGACAGACUUCCUACCGCUCCGCUCCAAUCACCGUCAAAGCCACCAACAAUGUCGACAAUUGAAUUCUGGAGUCUGAACACAUUGGUCGUCUUUAUCCAAGGCCUUAUCAAAAGGUUCCAAGCCAGGCUACUAAGCCGUGGCUUUCACGGGUGGCGAACAGGUGUACUCCUAGGUAGCUGCAUGUCAGCUUCCGUCUUAUGUCUCAAUAUUGUCCUUCUCAUCGUUGGAUGUGUGGCCCACGGUGGUUUUCAUGAGGGAAUAUCCACCCUCGGAACCGGUACAAUCAGCGACAUCUCACGGUGGAGUACGGUGGUCCAUCUCUUGAUUAACGCUUGCAGCACGACCUUGCUGUCGGCUAGCAAUUACACUAUGCAGGUUCUGAACUCGCCAACACGGGAAGAGAUUGACCACGCACAUCGGAAAGGACAAUGGCUGGAUAUCGGUGUGCUCAGUUUCCGGAACCUUCGUCGUAUUACCUGGCGGCGAUCUGCAAUCUGCCUAUUGCUAGCAGUAUCGUCGAUUCCCCUGCACUUCUUCUACAAUUCAGCGAUUUUCCAAGUGUCUGAGUACAAUAGCUACAGAGUUGCGGCCGUGGAUAUAACAUCCCAAGAUUACGUGCACUAUAAUGCCAGCAGCGAUACGUAUUAUAACCUGACCAACACGCAAUGGCGAGAUGCCUAUUCCAUCGAACCUGUAUCCGGACACGGAAACUUGAUAUUCGCCAUUGACAGGCUGGCAUACGAGACAUCUAAACUGCCGACAAACAGAACAUUCCCUGCGUCGGAAUCUUUCUGGUGCGAUUACAAAAUCCUGCUGGGUUUGACAAAAGAGUCCUGGGAAUGGAUAAGAUAUGAUGGCUUUCCGCGUACAGAAUUGCAUCAGCUCAACAAGACCAAUGGCACACUAGUAACUGAAGUUUGGCCAAUUUCAGCACACGUUGCGCAUGCUUUUGCUGUCAAAACUCAACCAGCGAGUCGGUUACAAUUAAGCUUGUACUAUAUGCUUAUCGUAAUCUUUUUCAACACUCUCAAGCUUGCUCUCAUGGUCUGGGCACUCUUGCGCAAUGACCCGGAUUGCGUAGUAACACUGGGCGAUGCUGCAGCCAGUUUCUUAAAGCGCCCUGACCCGAUCACUUUAGGUUGUUGUAACCUGGGCAAAGAUGAGGCUCUUUACAAGCUUGGCUAUGACUCGUAUCACCACCUUCUGGAAGAAGAGCUGCAGGCGUCCUUGCUGCGCGCUCAAGGAGUAUGGUUGCCAAAGGAACGACGAUACUUCAGUGCUGUAGGGCGUGACAGACAUGUGUUCUAUUUCAUCAUGUUCGUGAUUCUGAUUUCUGGCACUUUCCUCAUAUUGCUGCUCGAAAUUAAUCAUUCCGGUGGCCUCAGCGCAUGGGGCACUUCGUCACGAAUUGUCAUUCCUACGAAAAUGGGGCCUAUGACAGAUGCUCUGUUAGUGAAUCUUCCGCAGUUCUUGAUUUCGUGGUCCUACAUUAUCCUUAAUGGAAUUUGUACAGCUAUGGCGAGUGCCCGAGAAUGGAACAAGCUAGCUACGUCCCGGGAAGGCCUCCGGGUUACCAUGCCUCAGGGGGAACAGCGGAGUACCUACUUUCUACAGCUUCCUUUGAAGCGGGCACUGCCACUGAUGACGACAAGUGGGCUCCUCCACUGGUUGAUGUCUCAAAGCUUCUUUGUUGUCAGGGCGAACUUGGAAGACGUGUCAAGUAGACUGGUGGGCGCUCGACGCAUGCAGCAGAAGAUGCCACUAGCGGCAUCCUGCAGUCUGGUCAUCAGUGCUGCAUGCCAUGCACCAAGUGAUGAGCAUGACCCUCAUCUGAAGAAGGUGAGGUGGGGUGUUAUCGAGAAGAGCCCGGGCAGUGGGUAUACACAUUGCUCGAUAACUGCAAAGGAGGUCCAAAAACCAAUCACUGGGCAGAGGUACAUGUGA